CUUCCCGAGGAAGUACUGGAAGUUUUACCGUCGGAUCCAUUCGAGCUGCUCGAUGUGGCUCGGAGAAUCACCUCCAUUGCUCUCUCGACGCGUGUUUCUGUUCUCGAAUCCGAAUCCGCCGCUCUCCAUGCUCAGCUUUCCGAGAAGGAUGCACUCAUUGUCGAGCUGCAAUCGCAGAUCGAAUCCAUCGAUGCCGCUUUAUUCGAGAAAUCCGAAAUUCUCGCCCGCGCCGAUCCGGAAAAGGAGGCGUUGUUGCAAGAGAACGCGUCGCUUUCGAACACCGUGAAGAAGCUCACUCGAGAUGUCUCGAAGUUGGAGGUCUUCAGAAAGACGCUUAUGCAGUCCCUACACGAGGAAGACAACAACACUGGAGGCUCAGAGGCUGCUGUCAAAAUAGAGAGUCAGCAAAGUUUGCCCUCUACUCCGCUCGUUGGAGAAGAUAAUCUGACAUUGCCGCCAUCUAAAAACUCAUCAAUCCAGAGCAACACUUCUGAAACUGUGAAUUCUGUAAAAGAAGAGCAUGAGGGAGAUGUGACCACUUCAAGGCCUCGUAUAUCAAACAGACUUCUGUUAGCAUCACAGACUAGCACACCUCGGCUAUCACCUCCCGGUUCUCCUCCCAUUACUUCUGCAUCUGUGUCUCCUACGAGAAGGUCUAAUCCUGUUUCCCCAAAGCGUCAUGCGAUGUCAUUCUCUGUCUCAAGGGGUGUGUUCGAUAGGACCUCUAUGUAUUCACCCGUCGGCAAUCACAGCUCAAGCCCUCAAGCAGGAACUCAUACUGGACGAACUCGAGUUGAUGGGAAAGAAUUCUUCCGCCAAGUGAGGAGCCGGUUGUCGUAUGAGCAGUUCAGUUCAUUCUUAACCAGUGUCAAAGAGUUGAAUGCCCAUAAGCAAACGAAAGAGGAGACCCUUCGAAAGGCUGAUGAGAUAUUUGGGCCGGAUAACAAGGACCUGUUCACUAUAUUUGAAGGUUUGAUUACACGUAAUCUUCACUGAAAAUCUUUUGUAUAUAACAUAUGUAGCGUUCAUAAGCACUGAUAUUCGCAUCUCUCAACUUCUAUUUAAGCUUUGUAUCUAUAACAUAUAUUCAUUGAAAUAAAUUUACCAACUUCUAGCAUUAUUCUAGAGACCUUCAUGAGAAUAAUUCAAUGAUAUUUCCCUGA